UAUAUGUUGCAUUAUUACAUUACGUUUUGCCCGUCGAGGUGUUUGCAUCUUUUGAAAAUCGUGCUCGCGUAUAUUGAUUACAAUAGUAGUAAUAUUAUUAUAAUAGACCGUCGGCCGUUUGUCGGGCAGAAAGUUGUCGUGGAAAUCUCGCCAGGUCGAUGCGUCGUCCGUCGCCGUGUCUACUGUGAUCGCCGCCACUGCUGCCGCCGCCGCAUUUUCCCGGUCGUUACAGCACCAGCGCAAGGCGGUCGUCGCGCGCUCCGUGCACAACACACUUGGGCCGACACCGAGUGCAGUGAACUUCACAUCGAUUACGUCAGCGCGUGCACAGCCUAACUGCCAGGGCGUUAUUUUUUCGGUUCGCCCCCUAUACAUUUUUUUUUUAUAGAUUUUAUUUGUUGUUUUUGUCGUGGUUGCCGAAUUUGUUUCGUUUCGUUACACGAUUAAUCUUUUUACGCUCUUGAAAAAAAAAAAAAAAAAAUAUAUAUAUAUAUCCAUAUAUAUGUUUAAUAAAUAAAUAAUAUAGUAAAAUUGAAGAAAAGCUCUCGUCAGCGGGCGGACAUUUCUGAACGAAACUCGUUUUAAUACACACAUACAAUACACGAGUUUGUCGCAGCCGCCGCCGCCAAUCGAAAACCACAAAACGGGAACAAAGGCCGUUCGAGGUACCUCUAUUGUCUUCGCGUUAGAAAUUCAUAGAAAAUUCUUUUCAAAAUUCCGGUCCCGACGAAGAACUGCGCCUUUUCCGGCCGAAACGACGACGGCAGGAUGAACACGACGAAAAGAAAAAGUCGCGCCAACACCAACAACAGCGGCACGGCCGUCACCGCCGGUUCCAGGCCUCCCCGAGCCAGAGCUUCAUCUUCAAGUGGAAAUGGAGUCAACGUCCAAGUAACUGGUGCUGAUGGAAUAUAUUUAAAUGAAACGUUUAUGCAUCGUGUUACAAGUUUGAUUGGACUCGAAGUCGAAAUAUUUACUCAUUCAAAAGAAAUGUACUCCGGUAUAUUACGCACAUUUUCUAGCAAUUUCGAUGUCGUAUUAGAAUUACCACAUAGGACUGAUCCUCCACCAUCCAGUCAAACCGUUGGUUUACAAAUUAUAGCUGACAAAAUGAUAUUUAAAUAUGACAGUAUAGUAAAAAUUACUGCACACGAUACAGACUUAGACAGUAUGACUCGAAACACAUUCCAAACAGAUACUACAAUUAGUAAAUAUAAUGGCCAACCUCUAGGUGAAAAAGUGUUAGAAAUGUGGGAACCGCCAACGAUCAACGGUGAUCUAGAAGAAUUUGAUUUAGGUUCUGGAAAUACUAAUGCAAAUGGUUGGGAUGCAGAUGACAUGUUUAGACGCAAUGAGCAAGAACAUGGUGUCACAUCUUCUUUUGAUCAAAAUUUAAGCGGUUACACAACAGAACUGCGAACGGAUGUGUCAAAUUUCAAAAAUGAAGAAGCAAAAGCUGCACGUUUAGCUCGAGAAAUAGAAAGUAAUCCCAACUCACAAAAUCGAGCUAACCUUGAAAAUGGAGACGAAGAAGAAAGGUUUGCAGCUGUGUCGAGACCUAAUAACGAUAUGUCCAACAGCCACAAUGAUAGCAAAUAUAUGUCUGGUCGUCGCAAACCGAGUUCACAACAGUCAUCUACAAAUGCUUACGGUUUGUUCAAUAGAAAUCGUAAGCAUCCGGAAAAGUAUCCAAGUAGUGGGUCCAAUGAACGAUGGGAAAAUGUUUCUGGUUCAGGAGUUAAAAACAGUAACCAGAAUCGAGGACACACUCAUCAACAAAACGGCAAUAGUAAUGUAAACAAAUCUACAGCGCCACCAUAUCACAACAGUAAUACCAAUCAGUCGUAUUCGACUAACAAUCGCGAGUCGUCUUUGUCUGUAAAUGGUCAAGCUGAGAAACGUUCUUCGGUUGCUGCAAGUAAUCGAAGAGAAACUCCCGCUUCUUCGUCUGGGCCUAGGCAUGCAACGGGUAGAAGUAAUUACUCUUCCAACGACAAUCAAUCAUUACCUCCUUCGUCUCGUUCUUCGCCUCCAACUGUCCAAGGACAUCACAAUCAAAUUACAAAUAUGCCUCCGUCUCGGUAUCAGACGAGCACAUAUACGCAGCAAACCAACGCUGCAAAUUCUCGGCCAAACCAUAGCACGUCAUAUGCUGCUGCGGCCGAUAAAUCUAUGUCAAAAACUCAACAACCCCCACCACAUCCCCCCCGAGUGAGAGAUGAGAGUCUUUCAUCAGAGUUAAAACGAUUUAGUACCGAUUUUAAUUUAUCAACGGCACCCCCUCAAAACGAUCCUCGAGUAUCAUCUCCAGCAGCCACUGUUGUGCCUGAAGUGUCUUCGAAGCAACAUCCUGCUCAAGUACCACAUUCCGAGCCGCCACCAUCGCAGCCUGCACAGGAAGUACAACAACUGCCUAAAGAAACGACUGAACCUGUGGCGUCUCCACAACAAGUAUUUAAACCUCAAUCGGAAGGACAAAUUGAAACGGUUGCAGAAGUACCGAUAAAAGACAAACUCGAAAAACCUUCAGCAGAUAAUUCUAAUCAGUCACCAGAUAAAUCCGUUGUACAAACUUCGAAGCUCAACCCCAACGCCAAAGAAUUUGUCUUCAAUCCAAAUACAAAACCUUUCAUUCCAAGGUCACCGAGUACUCCGAAUUCGUCUAGGCCGAUGACUCCUCAAACACCUACGACUAAUAUUGUUGCUACGUCUGGACCUCAUCAGCAAAUGAUUCAAGCACAACACGGGCCGGCAAUUGCUAUUCCUGCAGCUUACCAUCAUCAUCACCAUCAUAAUGCUCCCGGUAGCGGACAAAUGGUUACACAUCAAGCACCGCCACAUCCCCAUCCAGCAUUUACCAUGUUACCUACUGUGUUUGUGACGUCAAAUUCUGCAUUCAAUCAUCAUCCGCAUUCAAUGCCCCCGCAACCCCCAAAUCAAGCUGGUAGAUUCCGUAAAAUGACCGUAGGCAUGUCCCAUAGAGGUGAUAUAGCUUCUCAAAUACAAGUAGCCGCUGCUACCGGACAACCGCUUUUGGCUCCGGCGCCUCUUCAAGCUCAAUUUGCUGUACCGGGUUAUAGUCCACAACCGAUGCCUACACCACAAGCUUAUCAGCAAGUUCAGAUGGUCCGUAUGGUACCGCAACAGGGUGGAGGAAUGAUGCCUACUUUAGUGCCAACUUCGAUUAGCUACCAUCCCGCCAACGCCGGUCAAAUUGGCCAAAUAGACAAUGGAGUACCUCAAGGGCCGCCAUCGUACCACCAUCACCAUCAUCACCAGGCAUCGCAGCAUCACAUGAUAAACCAACAACAGCAACAAACUGCGCAGUCGCCGGCACCGCAGCCUGGUGGUCCGCCACAAACGCCCGGUCAAUCCCAGACCCCGGUGAAUUUCCAACAACCCCCACCGCAGCAGUCGCAGCCACCCCCUUUCCCCGCGGGCACUACAAUAAUGUGUCCCAUUCUGCCGUCAACUGCCACGUCACAACCACCACCGACGUCUAACACACCAGGGUCGGCGCCGCCAAUGCAACAGCCGCCGCCGCCUCAGCAGCAUCCCCAACAGUAUAUUUCGCACCCCCACCCACCGCACCCACAUCAAACAACGCCGGCGCCCACACAACACGGCCAGUACCAUAUAUAUUCAACCAUUCGGGAGUCAUGAGACACAGCCAACUCAUACGAUCCUAGUCCACGUUUAGUAAAAGCAAUAAUAAAUUAUUCGGCGUUAUUCAAGUCUUGCAAAUCAAUUGUCAGUUCUACCCGAAAAUCUUGAUCGAAAUCUGCCUCAAGAUCUAAUAAAUUCGCCAUCAUCGACAUAAUGAUAUAAUAACUACGUGUUAGCUUUAGCUAAAUGUUGUUCAGUAUCUGUUAUAAUUUAUUUAUUAUUAUUAUUUUCUCGUUCUUUUUAAAAUGAUUAUUAUUAUUACCUUUAUUAUAAUUUUUUUUUUUUCAUUGAAUCCUUCCGAGGUAAAUUACAUUUAUUUGUUAUGCCAAUAUAAAGAGAGAGAAAAAAUACGAACAUGUAAUUCAUAUAUAAAAAUAUAUAAUAUAUACCUUAGCCGACAUUGUGACCCAAAAUGUAAUUUUCAAUUUUCAUUCACUAUUUUAAAUAUGACAUUUUUUUGCGGUAAAAAAAGAAGAAAAAAAUGUUUCAUGUGAUUAAAAUUACUUACUAGAAUCGUCUCUAAAUUAGUAAAAAAAUUGCAUUAUAUUAGUGCCGGAUUGUAUUCUCUGACCGACUGAUUUUUGUCUUUAAAACCGUGUCGUUUGUAGUAAAUACAAUAAGGGACUGAAUAUAUAUAUAUAUAUAUAUAUAAUAUAUAAAAACAAAACUUGUAAGUGAAGAAUCGCCGGUGAGCCGAGGAUUUGUUUAAACCUCGUAUCACCGACGAUUCGUUACAAAGUGUUAUUUACCCAAUUAUGUUUUGUGAUUUUUUUUUCUUCUCUCGUUUUAUUAUUAUUAUUACAUUUUUUUUUCUCGAGUCGGUACAAUAUUUUUAUAAACAAUUUCCCCUCGUGGUAUAUGAAUUUGCUCGACUUAUCUAUUUAGUGUUAACGGAUUUGUUAGAUUGGCCGCAGUACGAACAAAAUAUUAUUAUAAAAUACAUUCGGGAGUAUUUCAUGUACGUAAUUAAAGUAUUUACUAUUUUUUUUUUUUUUUUUUAACAAAUAAAUUAAUUGUACGUACUGUGGCUAAUCUAGGACUUCUAAAAAAAUAAAAAUUAAUG